CAUUACAGCAUCAGGUCCGGGUUAGGCCACGCCCCCUGGCUCCUACCUGUUGAGGGGGAAAAAAGAAAAGCUCCCAGAUACCAUCUGGACAAGCCAAGAUGAGUCUGCCGGACUACAAAUCACCUGAAAAACAGUCUUCAGCCGCACAUACAAACUCUCCUGUGGUGCAGCUGAAUGUCGGGGGUCACCUGUUCAGCACCUCUCUGAGCACGCUCAGGAAACACCCCGACUCCAUGCUGGCCGAGCUGUUCAGCAGACAGCCCAAACUACGCAGCGACGCAGAGGGACGCUACUUCAUCGACCGCGAUGGCUCACACUUUGGAGCCGUCCUGGACUUCCUGCGAUCCGACAGGCUGCCCACGGAGAACAUCCAGCAGGUUCACAGGGAGGCGGUGUACUACAACAUCAAACCACUGAUCAAGGUUUUGGAGGAAACUCCUCAGCUGUUUGGAGAGCUGGUGGGAAGGCAGCAGUUCCUCUCCAGAGUGCCGCACUACAAAGAGAACAUCGAGGUUCUGAUUCGUAUCGCCAGAGCCGAGGCCAUCGCCGCCCGCCACUCCACCAUCAUAAUCUGCGUGCUGCGCACGGAGGAGGAUCUGGGCUUCUACGACAACGCCAUCAACAGCCUGGAGGCGGAUAAGGAGUCGGUGGUGACGUUCGGUCCCUGGAAGGCCGUGCUGUCCGUCAAAGACCUGCUGGACUGCGUGAAAAUGGACAUCGAGAGUCAGGGCUACCGGUUGAGCAUCCGGCCGCACAUCCUGGAGAGGAGCUUCCUGUCCAGGAGCUACGACUUCUUCCACAAACUCACAUUCACCUGGUGGUGAUCAGAGCACUGCUUUUCUCUUCUUUUAUUCAGAGCACAGGAGAAAACGGUGCAUACUGUUGAAUAAAAAACAGGCAGAGUUUUGACACACCAAGUUGCUCCUAAAUACUUGUAAAGUUGCUGCGUGUUUAUACACUAAUGUAAAAAAGAAAAGGGGGGGGGGGUCUUGAUUUUUAACACUAGCCAUUUUA